AUGGCAUCUCAGCGUCCGGCGAGCUUUCUUCGCCGUUUCCGUCUCCGAGCGACAGGGCCUCGAACGCUGCGGCGAAACCUGUCCUCUCCUCCGUCGAAACCCGCCCCGUCAAGCUCAAAAGACUCCCAGUCUCGCCUCCACCGAUUCAAUGACCGCCUACCACGCUUCCUCCGAACCUACACUACACCCUUACUGCGGGCGCCGGUGACGCAUAUCACGUCUUUUCUGAUCCUCCACGAAAUCACCGCUCUGCUGUCGCUCUUCGGAUUGGUUGGUGCAUUUCAUUAUGGGACUUGGAUGCCAGACCUCGCGUCUGAAACUGGCGAGAGCAAUGCUUUUGACAAAGGGGCCGCGCGGUUCGGGCGCUGGUUGAGGAAGAAAAGCUGGGUCGAUGAAUCCGAUGUGACCACUGUCGCGGAUCAUGAAGCGAACGGGCUAGCCCCUCGUGAAAAAGAACGGGCAGGCGUACGGUUGGUGCUCGAGUUCGCGACGGCUUAUGCGAUUACAAAGGCUUUACUACCCGUUCGUCUGGCUGCUAGUGUAUGGGCGACGCCUUGGUUUGCGCGCACCGUCCUGGCACCGACAACCCGGCUGGCCAGGGGGCUAGUGGGAAAGAGCUAA